UACUCCCCCAAAGUGUCUGCCGGAGUGAAUUAUUUUCUCAAGGACUGUUGGGAGAGGUGACGACCUUUCCGUAGCACGCUUCUAUUUCUUUAAUUCUGAAUUCAUGAAUCCUUUAAAAUCUCAUUAAUUCACUUAUCCAGAGCUGUGCUGUGUUUGUGUUCUCUCUCCGCGCUUUUUUGAGAGAGAGAGAGAGAGCAGCCCAGCGAUGAUGAAGAUGACUCGCAGGAUAUCGUACUAACAGCACAGCUAGUAUAACACAAACACUGAUCCACGAGUAGAGAUCGCUUCUACAGAUUCAUAACAAGCAGCCCCGAAUUAAACACGCUACAGCCAGCUCUGCGGAGAAGUGGCACAUCACAGCACAACACUCACCACUACAGUAACGAGUACCGUGCAGCUUGUCCGGCAAAUACAAACAAGCGACCGGGCGGCAGAAGAGCCAACCACUGCUGUAAAAUACAAAGAGAGAGAGACGGGGACCGGGGAACUAGACCGCCAUGUACAUCAACACGGAGAGCCACAGGCAAGGCACGCUGUCUCUCGGUGUGGUGCUGGUCUCUCUCGCUGUCACUGUCUGUGCCGCCUCCAUGCUCAUGCUCUGUGGAAUCUGCACCUGGUGCCAACGCAAACUGGGCAAGCACUACAAACCCAGCCUGGAGACUGCAGGGACCCCCGACUCCAGCCGGGGCCGCGGCGAGAAGAAAGCCAUCAAUGGCUCUCUCCCUGGGGGUGUGAAGGCUGCGGUCGGGGGGAGGGAGAGCUCGGUGGGCGGGAGGCCUGUGCGCAGUAACAGUGUCAAGAGCCUGGGCUCCGGAGUCAGCAGCCACAGCGAGGUGCUGAAUGGCCGGGCCGGGAAGGCGGGUCGCUGGCAGACUGUGCAGACACACCUGCAAUCCGGCAAGCUGCGGCCAGCCAAUUUCGACGACCCCUCUCUCUCCACUGCCUCUACUCUGGAGCACAUCUCCGGCACUCCACCUGCUGCUUGCGGCCGGCCUCGCACCCUGGUGAGGCAGCAGAGCUUGCAGCAGCCCCUCAGCCAGCCUCCAGCCCCCUGCCCGGGAGACCUGCCCCCCACCAGCCAGAGCCUGGGACAGCUGCACCCCCAGCUCCCCUCCAGCAGCUCCAGCGGAGGAGGGAGGCCAGGCCGAGGGGGGGUCCCGGGCAGGCAGGGGGGGUCGACGGGCUCCUCGCACUAUCGGACCAGUGGGGGGCGCUCUCACUCCAACCCCGGCAGCUGGGACCACGUGAUGGGGCAGAUUCGGAACCGUGGUCUCGACAUGAAAUCCUUCCUAGAAGGCCGUAUGGUGGUUCUGUCGCUGGUUAUGGGUAUCUCAGAGCAGGAUGAUUUUGCCAACAUCCCGGACCUGCAGACUGGACCGGGUCAGCACAAUCAGAACACCCCCUCGGACAAGAGGUUACCCGGGGGGAACAGCACCACGGUGCAGGGGCAGCUCCCCCACGAUGAGGCAGAGCCACACUCCUCCGUCUCCGACCUCGCCAACUCCCUGACCAGCGAGAUGCUCAUGCUCUCCCCAGGCUCGGAGGAUGACAAUGGGCACGAGGGUCCCGGCAGGGAGAAGCUGGGUCGGAUCCAGUUCAGCGUUGGCUACAACUUCCAGGAUUCGACGCUCACGGUGAAGAUCCUGAAGGGGCAAGAGCUGCCGGCCAAGGACUUCAGCGGCACCAGCGACCCCUUUGUCAAGAUCUACCUGCUGCCAGACAAGAAGAACAAGCUGGAGACCAAAGUGAAGAGGAAGAACCUCAACCCACACUGGAAUGAGACCUUCCUGUUCGAGGGGUUCCCCUAUGAGAAGGUGGUGCAGCGGACCCUGUACUUGCAGGUUCUGGAUUAUGACCGGUUCAGUCGGAACGACCCAAUCGGGGAGGUGUCCAUCCCGCUCAACAAGGUGGACCUGGCACACAUGCAGACCUUCUGGAAGGAGCUGAAGCCCUGCAUUGACGGCAGUGGGAGUCGAGGGGAGCUGCUGCUGUCUCUCUGCUACAACCCCACAGCCAACACCAUCACUGUGAACAUCAUCAAAGCCCGCAACCUCAAAGCCAUGGACAUCGGGGGCACCUCAGACCCCUAUGUGAAGUUGUGGCUGAUGCACAAGGACAAGCGUGUUGAGAAGAAGAAGACGGUGGUGAUGAAGUGCUGCCUCAACCCCGUCUUCAACGAGUCCUUCCCCUUCGAAAUCCCCACCGAGCGACUCCGAGAGACAACCAUCAUCAUCACCGUGAUGGACAAGGACAGACUGAGCCGCAACGAUGUCAUCGGCAAGAUCUACCUGUCGUGGAAGAGUGGCCCGGGGGAGGUAAAGCACUGGAAGGACAUGAUAGGCCGGCCUCGCCAGGCUGUGGCUCAGUGGCACCAGCUAAAAGCCUGAGACGUCCCCCCCCGUCCCCCCUGUCCCCCCGUUCCCCAUCCCUGUCCGUCACGACCACGAGAAAACCACAAAGACAAAGAACGCUGGACACUCAACGCAAUCAAGACGUGGGGCGGGGGGCUCGUUGUCAUGGCAACUCUCUAAACGGGUACAACUUAAGCCAUCUGUCAAUAAAUAAAUCAAUCAAUAGAUGAGCGAGUCCCGGGGGAGAGACUCCGGGGCCCAGAACUGCCAUCGCAGAUCCUUUAAAAAAACACAAAAGACACUGAAUUGAACUGAACUGAGUGGCUGUCCAGCACUGGCACAAACCCAUCAAUCCACUGUGUAAUAAACAUCUUGUCUGUAUCUCUAGUGUGUGUGUGUGUGUGAAGUGCUGUAGCUCACGUUUCAGAGAACAAUUCCACAUAAGAAGACAGCUGGUGCAUCCCAUCUUACAAAAACAAUGUAUUAACAAAGCUGCAAUGUGUUCUUCCAGCCUGAGGGGGGCACUGUCUGUAAAGCCACUCUCCCUGGAGGCUUGUGGUUCCUGCAGCUUCAAGAACGCUGACAAUGACAACAGCAACCAUCAUAUCUCUAAUACUAGUAAGAUUAACAUGGACACCUCUCAUAAAAGAGUUGCUAGCAGGGUGUGUGCUGAGGAGGGUGCUGGGCUCAUCUUCACUGUGCGUGUCGGUGUGUGUGUGUGUGUGUGUGUGCGUUCCAUGUGUAAGGGUAGUACCAGUACCCCAUGGGGGUGCUUUCUCUCUCUCACCACACCUGCUGUCUUGUCUUUUAAAAGACAAGAUGCAAAUGUUUAUUUAUUAAUAAUAAUAAUAAUAAUAAUAAUAAUAAUAAUAAUAAUAAUAAUAAUAAUAAUAACUGUUAAAGGGAAGGGUGUUGAUAAAGGCUUGGUCUGAACUGGGAGCACACAGAGUGGGAGUUCUCUCAGGGCGGGCGCAGUAUAAAUUCAGCCUGUUCUCUGUCCAUUAUUUUGGUUGACUUCAUCUUUAUAACCAUUGUUUCGAGUCUUUCCUCGAUGUCAGCUUGCGUCUGUGACGGGCCGUGCUUCUGUGACGGGCGUGCGUCUGUGACGGGCCGUGCUUCUGUGACGGGCGUGCGUCUGUGACGGGCGUGCGUCUGUGACGGGCCGUGCGUCUGUGCCCGGAGUGGCCCCUCUAUGCUUGUGUAGCCUCGAGACUGUUCUCUCCCAGAGAACCAACCAAGACCUUUACAUUGUUUUCAGGGCUCAAUUUUUACUGUGGGCUUGUGUGUUUUACUGUGAGUUCAUGCGUUUGGGUGCUUGGUGUGUGUGUUUUACUGUGGGUUCGUGUUUUUUUUCUUACGAGAAGAGAAAACAAGUUUUGAGUUUUUCCUGAUUUCCUGUCCAGGUUGUUUCA